AUGAAGUGUAUUGUGGCGGGGAAGCCUGCUAUCUGGCAAGGAUUCUACAAUGAGUAUUGCUUUACCCAAGGAAGAUUUCAAAUUGUGGAUGAUGCAUCAAACAGCCCGAAUGCUUUCGUCCCCGUUGGAUUUGCAGACUUCUUCGUCCGGAACUUUCAAUGGAUGCCUUACUUGUUCAUUCUUCAACUGGUUCUCUUCGCAAUUCCAAAAUGUGCAUGGACAGCUUUUGCUUUAUCAUUCAAAAAUGUUAAUCAAACCGUCUCGGCGAUUUCACAGGCUCGUUGCAUAAAAUCAUUGAAAGGUGAAGAAAGAAUGAAAGAAGUUGAAGCAAUUUGCGAGUUUUGCUGCGCAGUCUUGGAUCUCCACAAGAAAGACGACGCUGCUUACAAGGUCAAC